AGUGAGCGGCAGCCGUGUGCAGAGAAGCGCGUGAAAAGGGGGGGGGGGGGAGUGAAAACAACAACAACAACAACAACAACAACACACGCAACAAGAAGAAGGAGGAGGUUAAAAAGAAGAAGGGAGUAGGAAAAAGAGAAGUGGAGUAGGAGAAGAAGACGCAAAGGAGAGAGAGAGCGAGAGCGUCACGCGGGAGGGAAACGCGAACAGCGGACCUAAGUGGAGACAACGAGAGGCGGAACGUAACGGUGACUUCCAUCGGGACCGCUCCCAUCACUUCCUCCUUUGAGCUCUCCCCCUGGCCCACAAUUGGAAGCCAACGAGCGGGAUAUCCGAGCGACUGAGCAUGGCUUUCCCAUCAGCUCCGUUAUGGAUUGUCGGCGUAAUGACGCUACUCUGUGCGGUUCGCAGCAACGUCGUUUUUGAUGACGACCCGCUGCAGCCCGUCACCUCGGACGAGACGGUUUCGGUGGGCGGAGCCGUCACGCUGACCUGCCGUGUUGCCGAGAGCGACAACUCGUCACUGCAGUGGUCCAACACGGCGCAGCAGACGCUCUACUUCGGCGAGAAGAGAGCGCUGCGAGACAACCGCAUCCAGCUGUACCGCUCCACGCCCACCGAGCUGUCCAUCAUCAUCUCUGAGGUGCAGCUGUCCGACGAGGGCGAGUACACCUGCUCCAUCUUCACCAUGCCCGUGCGCACCGCCCGUGCCACCGUCACUGUGCUAGGUGUUCCCGGUAAACCUCACAUCUCUGGCUUGGAGGAGCCCGUGCAGGAGGGCGGCACGGUCACCCUGACCUGCACCAGCACGGGCAGCAAGCCCCCCGCCAGGCUAAGAUGGUUCCGAGGGGACCUGGAACUCGAAGGCCGGCCAGACGUGGUGGAGUCGGUUCCGGAUGAGCCCACGUACAACGUGAGCAGCGAGCUGACGCUGGAGGUGAGCCGUGCCGACGACACCCAGGUGGUUACCUGCGCCGUGGACCACCCGUCGCUCGCUCCGGGUGACAAGAGAAGCGAGCAGUCCCUCCAAGUCUUGUAUUCCCCGAACGUUCAGAUCCUGCCUGAGAGCGAUUUACCUCGCGAGGGGGAGAAGUUUCACCUCGAGUGUUUGGGCAAUAGCAACCCUGAGCCGACAUCCUACAUUUGGGAGAAGAAGGACGGAGAGCUCCCUCCACUGGCCAAGGCCGAGGGCACUUUCCUGCGCUUCGAGGCGCUCAACAAGUCGGACAACGGCGUGUAUCUUUGCUUUGCAGACAACGGCAUAGGGAGCAGCGUCGGCGAGUACGCGCUGCUGGUGCAAGAUCCCAACGAACCCAUGGACUCCACAAGCUCUCCUCCUACUUCUACGCCCACAUUUUCUUCCCUGGUGACCGAUCCCACUUCCUCCCCUCCUGAACUUUCCUCACCUCCUGAACUUUCCUCCACUGGGUCCCCAUCUGAAACGCCGCCCACCGCCAGCACAACCGUUACUACUGCUGCCUCUACCGCACUUUCCAAUGACCUUUUCCCCGACUUGACUGUCAACCCUGACUCCUCUCCAUCGCCUUCACCUUUUUCCCCUUCCUCCCUGACUCCCUCAGUUUCCGACAGGCCGACCGGACAUGAGACCCUCACAGAUGCUGCAGAAAAUAUUGCAGACCCCACAGCCAUGUCGACGACGUCAGGCGUGGACCACGCGGUGAUCGGCGGCGUGGUGGCCGUCAUCGUCUUCAUCCUGCUGUGCCUCCUCAUCGUCCUUGGGAGGUACCUCAUCAGACACAAAGGAACUUAUUUGACCCACGAGGCCAAAGGCUCAGACGAUGCCCCCGACGCUGACACGGCCAUCAUCAACGCCGAGGGUGGAAACUCCGGCGCUGAGGACAAGAAGGAGUACUUCAUCUAGGGAGGAAGAAGAGAAGGAAGGAGGAGUGAAGGGAGGAAGAGAAGGAGGAAAGAACAAUCUUCUAUUUUGUUUUCACCACACUCAGUUGGUAGAGAGAGGAGGAGAGUAGGGGGGUGAGGACUUUGUUUGCAUCGAUACAGGGACGUGAGAUUUGCACUGACACACACACACACAACAUAUGCGCACACAACGACUUACUAACAUUUUAUUGCUACGUUUUGAUCCCGGCGUCCUGUUUUCUAACCAGCUCCGAAAUUGUAACUCACAUUCCGACUACCUUCACGAGCCUCUUCCCACAUUAACCCCACACCCACUCCGAGAACAUCCUUAACUACCUGCAUCCCCCGCCCCCCCCAAAAAAAUGGUACGAGCCACCGUGCUUCCCCCCCAGUCGUAGGCCCCUCCACCGACACUACACACGUGUAUACGUAUAUAUAUAUAUAUACAUAUAUAAAUAUAUGUAUAAAUAUAAGCAUUCUUUUUACUGGACGGAACUGGCGUCGGGUGUGUGCGCUGUAAAUACAAAAAGGGAAAAAGGAAAAAAAAACUCUCCUCGCUAAUGUAUCUCACCUCCUUCAAUACUCUUAUUGCCUGUUUUUAUUACAUGCGUGCAGAGUAUCUGAAAAGGGAAAAAAAUAGAAAAUACAUGUAACAAUAAUAAUGAGUACCAACAAUGGCAUUGCAAUGUAAACUAACUUCAAAUGCAAAUAUUUGUAUUGUUUUGUUCUUGUUGUAAUUAAUUAUUUUUGUUUGUUUUUUACGAAGGAGGGUUGGGGCCUCACUGAAAGGAAGAAUUAUAUAAUUCUGCUGUGAAAAUAAAGUCUGACAUUUUCAAGAAAAAGUUGUAAUUUGGGGGGAUGAUAAAAUAUUACAAAAUUAAAGGACAUUAAAAAAAAUACAUGAACAAAAUUGUUUUGUUCUGGGAAUAAAAUCUAGAAAAAAAAUAUUAUUCUUUUAAACCCAGGGGGAAAAAACAACUUCAUACUCCAAAAAUAGGAAUAAAGUUGUAACUUUUUCCGAUAAAAUGAAUUUCAAAAAACAACAAAUACAAAACAAAAAAUGCAUAAAUAUGUAUUUUUUAAAUAGUUUUCCAUAUAAAUUUAAAUUUGAAAUUUCUUUUACCAAAAUUAAAUGUGAUUCAAUUUAGAAUAUAUAUGUGUGUGUGUGUGUGUAUAUAUAUAUGCACACACACACAACAAGAAACAAAGCAAAAAAUCCAUAAAAAUCUUAUUUUUUGAAUCCAAUUUACAAUAUACACUUGUUCUCAAUAACUUUCUUCUCGUAAUAUUAUGAUGAUUUCUAUAAAAUAAAAAAAACAAGACGAUCUCAAAUAGAAUGUAAAUAAUUUCAUAAUCUUCUGAGAAUGAAGUAAUACAUUUUAGAGAAAAGAUUUUAAUAGAAUGUAAUAAAAUAGCAUUUGUCUCAAGAAAAAAUACAACUUUUUCUUUGGGGGGAAAAAAAAAAACAUGACUUUAUAUCCUGAGAUAUAUUUUUCUCUUUUCAGUGUGGCCAUUAUACCCUUAAAACAUUUUCAGGAUGUGUGAGAGUUGCGUCUUUUGUUUUUUCUUUCUUUUUUUUGGUCAAGUGUUUACAGUCUUCACUUCGCCCAAAUAAACCAAACUGUAGCGAAAAAUUCACUCAUUCAUUUACUUGCAUUAAACCAGGGGUGUCUAAACCGGAUAUUAUACGUACAUGAUGCACAAUAGAAACAAUCCGAGAGAUUUCAAAAUCAUCCACACAGUCAAAAAGCAUCUAACACAUGCUUGGUCACACACAGGCAGAUAUGACCGCCUGUAAUACAAUUUUUCCUUCAGUGUUAUUCAUCAUAACCAACACUUUGCACAAUAGAAAUAAACAGAAUGACUAGAAAUAAUCCAGUUUAAAAAAAAAAAAAGUUCGAUUGUAAACAAGUCACAUGAUUAUGCAAUCGCAACUCUGGCACAAUAGAAAUAAACUGAGGGACUAGUUGUAAUUCACAGAGUAAAGAAACAAGUCCACCAUACACUUCAUCACACACAGGCAGAUACACACGCAUCCUGUAACUAUCUCUUUCCCUCAAAAUAACUAUGAUAAGAUAACUAAGAUAACCACUACCUUGUACAAUAAAACUUAACUGAACCAUUAGCAAUAAUCCACAAAGUGAAAAAAAAGUCACACGGGCAUAUGCAUGAACAAUAUCAUAUCAUUAAUUUGAUGGGUCCUUUUGCCUUUUGUUCCUGAUGACCGCCACCUUGCGCAAUAGAAAUAACCAGAACCAUUUAAAAUAAUCCACAGAGUAAAGAACAAAAGAGGAUCAUAUCACACUUUGUCAUGCACAGGAAGAUGCAUGACCCUUUAAUAUGAUCUUUCCUCUUUAAUUAUUCAUGAUAACCACUAUCUUCCACAAUAGAAAUAAACUGAACCACUAUAAAUAAAAGUAAAAAAGGUUGCAUAGCCAUAUUUGUGCGCAUUAUAGGCACAUCAUAUCAUUAAAUGAAUUGCUCCUCUUGCCAGUUAUUACUUAUAACUGUCACCUUGCAAAAUGUAAAUAACCAGAAGCACUCAAAAUAAUCCACAGAGUGAAAAACAAAUCUACAAUAUACUUUGACAUGCACAGGAAGAUGCAUUCCCCUUGUAUGUUUCUUGUUAAUUAUUCAUGAUAACCACUACCUUGCACAAUAGAAAUAAACUGAACCACUUCAAAUAAUGCACAAAUAAAAAAAAAAAACUUUGUAUAGUCAUGCAAUAUAGACACACCAUAUGAUCAAUGUGAUCGCUCUCUUGACACUUAUUCCUGAUAACCACCACCUUGCGCAAUAGGAAUAAUCAGACACACUCAAAAUAAUCCACAGAGUAAAGUCCACAACACACUUAGUUACACACAAGCAAACCGUAUUCCUCCUGUAAUAUGAUCUUUCCUUGACAGUUACUCAUGAUAACGACUACCUUGCACGGUGGAAAUAAACUGAGCUACUUGAAAUAAUCUAAUCUACAUUGUCAAAAAACAAGUUCAGGCAACACUUGGUUAUGGAGGCGGAUUGUGUGCCCCUUUAAUGUGUUCUUUCCUUGUAAUGUAAUCAUGAUAACCAUUACCUUGCACAAUAUAAAUAAACUUGAACCACUAGAAAUAAUUAAUAUAGUCAAAACAAAGUCCACAACAGGUUAUAUAUUGGCAUAAAAUGAAAUAUAUUGUUAAUUCUCCCUUUGCCAGUCACUUCAAAUAAUCCACAUUCACAAAUCCUAGACUUUGGACACCCUUGUUUUAAGAGCAUUGUUACACCCCGGCGAAAGAUUCCCGCAAAUGGGGAAUGUUGGCUCGGGCCCACAUGUGGAAAUGGAUGGCAAUCUGGCUAAGAGGUUGCGGGCACCUCAUCCCGACCUUGCGGCGGGCUCUGUGCCAACCCUGCACUCCCAGCCCCAAAGUCGCUGAACAACUUUAAUGUCCUCGUCUUCUUCUUCUUCUGGCCGAUGCGCUCGUCCAUUUCUUUUCGUUCUUUAAUCAAUCAGCCCCGUCUGCGUCCUCAUCUACCUUCUUGCCCCCUCACCCGCACUCUCUAUAUAUGUGAUUGAUGUGCCAUUUCCUGGCAGGAUGCCGCCCUUCCUCUUUAUAAACUCUACUGUGGACAAAGGUAUUGGGACACCUUUUCUUUUCUUUUUUUUUUUUGGUUUUCAUUUUUGGGGGGACAAUUUUAAGAUACUGUAAUUGCAUGCUUGAGCGAGUUUAGUGUGGAAGAAAAAGCUAAAAAAAAAUCACAUCACAUCUUGUAGAAAGUCUUCCAGAGAGAGGUGAAGCGUCACAGUGCAAUUGUCACAGUGUGGCAAUACAUUUGGCCACAUUUAUCUUUACUUUUUCACUUCCACAUUUUCACAAGGUCCAAAUGCUUUUGUCCGAGCUCCACAUUUUCACUUCUUGUCGGUGUCACUUUUCCUCUUCAAAAAUCCACAUUUUCUUCAAUUUGGUGUCCCAAUACCUUUUGUCCAAAUUCCACAUUUUUCACAUCCUGUACGUAUCCCAAUACUUUUGUACAAGCGCCACAUUUUCGCUGUCACUUCCUGUAGGGGUCCCAACGCGUUUGUCCAAAUUCCACAUUUUCUUCAACUUGGUGUCCCAAUAGUUUUGUCCACACUCCUCAUUUUCACUGUCAUUUCCUUUACUUCUGUCCAACCUGCACAUUUUCUUCAAGUUGCUGCCCCAAUAUUUGUUCCCAAAUUCCACAUGUUGAUGGUGUGUAGGUGUCCCUAUACUUCUGCGCAAAUUCCUGUCCCAUUACUUUUGACCAAGCUCCACAUUUUCACAUCGUCACUUCCUGUGGGUGUCCAAAUACAUUUGUCCACGUUCCACAUUUUCAGUGUCACUUCCAGUGGGUGUCCCAAUACUUUUCGCCAUAUGGUGAGUGUAUUUUUUUUGUUCAGGGAUUCUUUUUUUCAUUUUCCAGUAACCCUCAUUUCCCCCUUUUCUCGUUAGCCCCUUUCACACUGUCUGCCAAAGUGUUUGCAGUUUUCCAUGUAAAAGGUAUCACUGACUGCGAAUUUUCAAGCUUUGGGGAUAGUAUCAGAGGCGUAACAGGCGGGACGGCGACUAUGUGAAAUGAAAUUCUGCAGGGAUGUUGAAAGCAAUGCUGCCGUUACUGUGUCAGCUUUUUCCGAGUCUCAGUGUUUUUCUGUGUGAAAGCUACCAACGUAGACUGCUCAUUUCCUAACUGCUUGUCAACGCUGGCUUUUUUUCCCCCAUGGGUUUGCUGUUUUCUGUUUGAAAACUACUGACACCUACCGUGAUUUCCUGGCUUUGGAGGUAGCAUCAUAGGCGGGAUGCUGCUUUUGUGAAAGAGUAUACCGCAGGCGAAAUGGAUGCUGUGUUUAUGUGUGAAAUCACACAGUUGCCCUGCAAUUUCCCACAUUCACAUGAAACUAAGCAAAGCUCCCAGUGUUUGCUGUUUUCUGUGUGAAAAUGGACUGCUAAUUUCCAGCUUCAGCGGUACAAUCACAGGCGUUACAGAUGGCGACUGUAAAAUGGAUGCUGUGUUACUGUAUAAAAGUGCAGACAGUUGAAAUUUCACGCGAAACCCAGCCAAGAUCACAGUGUUUGCUGUUUUUGGUGUUACCAACACAGGCUGCUAAAUUCCCAGCUGCCUGCCAAAACUGGCAUUUUUUUUUUCACCUCUUGUUUUCUGUUUUCUGUGUGAAAGGUGACAACACAACUGCAGAUUUUCAGACUGCCUGUCAAUGCUGGGUUUUUUUUUUUUUUUUUUACCCAUGUUUGCUGUUUUCACUGUGAAAGGCACCGUCAGUGAAUGUUUAUUUCCCAGCUGCCUGCCAAUGCCGGCUUUUCCUCUGUGUUUGCUGUUUUCAAUGGGAAAGCUAAAACACAAACUGCAAAUUUCCCGAAUGGCUGUCAACGUCGUUUUUUUGCCCUAGCCUACCUAGCGUGCUAACCUAUGUUAAGCUAACCACUACAACCAAGGCAUACAAAGUCAAAAUUCAGGCGAUUUGUAGCAAUUUAAGCAGAAUGCGACGAGAACUGACUUUAUUUUUUUCCCAACUUCGCUGGCAUCUGCAGACCAGAGGAGCCGCUGUUGUCCCACACCCGAGUUGAAACGCCAAGGAGAAGAAUUUGCUGCGUCUUGCUACCCAAAAGAAAGUGUCGUUUUGCAAUAUAUAUAUAUAUAUAUAUAUAUAUAUAUAUAUAUAUAUAUAUAUAUAUACACACACACACACACACACACACAAUUUGGAAAAACACAGCAGACUUGUAUUUGCCUGUAAUCAGUUGUCCUGUCUUUUGUCUUAGCUAAUGUACUAGCAUGUAGCUUGCAUGAGAACCAGUGGGGUGGUGUGUAGUGUAGCAUGUGCAGGACCAAAUUUACACCGUCCUUUGGUCUGCAGACGCAGUUCUGAAAAUAAGUGGUUGUUGUUUUUUUUUUUAGCAUUACAUUAUGUCAUACAAUCAAUAAUCAUUCCUUUUAUCUUGUUUUGUUGUUGUUUUUAGACGUUAAGAUGUUUCGAAACUUGUACGUAGACUUUUUUUUUUGUAUAUAGUAUUUCAUAUCAUGACGUAUGUUGAUUGGAUGAAUGAUGAUGAUGUCACCAAACCGCAUGCUGUGGUUGGCUCUUGUGUUCAAAUUGUACUUAUUUUACUUUUUUUUCUUUAGUUGCUUUUUUGUUUGUUAAAAUUACAGUUUUUGGUUGUUUACUUCAAUAAAGAUGCAGUUGGGUUGAUUUCA